UAAAAUUAGAGUUUUAUUAAAAUAAAUCUUGUGUUGGUUAUGAUUUUGUUGUACAAAUAUAGUAACUACUUUUACCUUAGCUGUAGAGAUUGUUUCUACUUUCAUGAUACUUCUGUUACAGUCAGAAACAAAGAAAGUGGGUAUCUUGUGUUUUGGCUAAUCGAAUGGAGAGGUCGUAUGUUCCUGUUGUUUUCCUCCUCUUCUUCUCUCUUCUCUUUCAUGGAGGAAUUGCCAGAGCUAUGAGAAGAACCCAGCAGGAUGGAUCAGAAGAGUGGGGAUACGUUGAAGUCAGACCAAAAGCACAUAUGUUUUGGUGGCUAUACAAUAGUCCAUAUAGAGUUGAAAAUCCCUCCAAGCCAUGGCCAAUCAUUCUCUGGUUGCAAGGUGGACCUGGUGCUUCAGGCGUUGGGAUUGGGAAUUUUCAGGAGGUUGGACCAUUGGACAAUUAUUUGAAGAGCAGGAAUUCGACAUGGUUGAGAAAAGCUGAUCUCCUGUUUGUGGAUAAUCCCGUAGGAACGGGAUACAGUUAUGUGGAGGAUACAAAUUCAAAAUUGUUUGUGAAAACUGAUGUUGAGGCCGCAACUGAUUUAACUGCAUUAUUGGAGGAGCUUUUUAAUAAAAAUGAGACACUACAAAAGAGUCCUUUGUACAUUGUGGCAGAGUCUUAUGGAGGAAAAUUUGCAGUCACUCUUGGAUUGUCUGCACUAAAAGCUAUAGAAGCUGGAAAAUUAAAGCUCAAACUUGGAGGAGUUGCAUUGGGAGAUAGUUGGAUCUCUCCAGAGGAUUUUGUGCUUUCUUGGGGGCCUCUGCUUAAGGAUGUCUCGCGGCUUGAUAACAAUGGCUUGGAGAAAUCAAACAGUGUGGCUCAAAAAAUUAAGCAGCAACUUGAAGAUGGUCAAUUUGUCGAUGCCACAAAUUCAUGGAGUGAACUUGAAGCAGUGAUUAGUGCUAGCAGCAGCUCCGUGGAUCUUUACAACUUUUUACUGGAUUCGGGUAUGGACCCGCUAUCAUUAACAGCGGCAGAGUUAUCAGAAAAAAUUGCAAUAAAAAGGUACUCAAGAUACCUGAGUUACUUGAAAUCUGCUACUCCUGAUGGAGAUGGUGAUCUUGAUAGCUUGAUGAACGGCCAAAUUAAAAAGAGGCUCAAGAUUAUUCCUGAAAAUGUGACAUGGGGAGGGCAGUCAGGUUUCGUAUUCACAGAGCUUCAAGGUGAUUUUAUGAGACCCAGGAUUAAUGAGGUGGAUGAGCUACUUGCAAAAGGGGUGAAUGUCACCAUAUACAAUGGGCAACUGGAUGUAAUUUGUGCAACAAAGGGAACUGAAGCAUGGGUUGAGAAGCUCAAGUGGGAAGGGCUGCAGAAUUUUCUGAAAACAGAAAGAAGUCCAUUAUUUUGUGGGAAAGACAAACAAACAAGAGGGUUCACCAAGUCGUAUAAAAAUUUGCACUUCUAUUGGAUUCUUGGAGCAGGCCAUUUUGUACCUGUUGAUCAACCCUGCAUUGCAUUAAACAUGGUGGGUGCAAUCACAGACUCACCGGCUUCUGCCACUUCUACAACGUAGAAGAAAAGAAAUGAUGAAGAUGACUUUUACUUUACAAUUAGACAACAGAUAAAAACAUAGAGAUUCUGAUUCUGCAGAACACAGUCUGUCUCUCUUGUCGACAGACCAAGUAAAUAAAUGGGGGAAAAUCAACAAGCAA